GUUUACAACAAGUCGCAAGCAGCGGCUAUUGAUGGAACCUUGGCCGCUCUGCGUCUACCGUUCCCGAUACCCAGGAUUUCAUUCGUUCAAGGCCCACCAGGGACAGGAAAAUCUCACACCAUUAUUGGUUUGAUAAAAUCAUACUUAAAGGUAAAGUAUUGUUGUUACUUUUCUGCGCAGUUUUCUGAGGUUCAGAUUUUACCUUCACUACUUCUUACGCAUUUGAUUGGUUAAUGGACCAUAUGCAUUAUAGACUAAAUUUUGAUCUCAACAAGUCUAGACAAAAUUUUUAUCACAGCUUGAAAGAGCAUCACAAUAUUUCGAAGUUUCGUUGCGAAAUGUUGUAAAAUGCAGAUAAUAUAGCCUUUGCGAAGUUUGCCGUUUUUCAGUCAUUUUGUAUUACAAACGGGAAAUUGACAGCCCCAAUGUAGCCUGCGAAAACAGCCGCUACUUUGUUGCUCCCUAUUAAUAUAACGUCGCACAAAGAAGAUAGUUAAUUAAGAAGUCUUCUUUGUGCGACGUUAUAUUAAUAGAAGCAGCAAAGUGGCGGCUGUUUUCGUAGGCUACCCCAAAGGGUAUUGGGCUGUCAAUUUCCCCCGCGUAAUGCAAAAUGACUGAAAAACGGCAAACUUUGCAAGGUUAUAUUAUCCGCAUUUUACAUCAUUUCGCAACGACACUUUAGAAUGUUACUAAUUUUGUGAUGCUCUUUCAAGCUGUGAUGAAAUUUUGUGUAGACUUGUUGAGAUCAACAUUCAGUCUAUAAUGCAAAUGGUCCAUUGGAUAUAUAAAACGUAUCUGAUUGGUGGUAGCGGUAUUGGAACUCAAAUCUGAACCUCCCUAUUACGUCCACCUAAAGCCCUGGUCGAACGAAAAUGUGAGUUGAUCAGAGUUGAGAAGCGAGAGUUUGCAUCAGAGUUUUCUCAACUCUCAUAUCCCGGUCAAACAAGAACAAGAGUUGCAUAAGAAUUGACGAUAUUUGACUGGAUAUUACCGCGCGCGUAUAGCGAAAACUCGUAUCAACUCUCUUUAAAAUUUGAACCAAUGGACUUAUUCCCUAAUGAACAAAAUUUUGAUCUAGACAAGUCUAGACAAAAAUUUCAUCACAGCUUGAAAGAGCAUCACACAAUUAGUAUAAUAUUCCGAAGUUUCGUUGCGAAAUGUUGUAAAAUGCGGAUAAUAUAGCUCUGCGAAGUUUGCUGUUUUUCAGUCAUUUUGUAUUACGCACGGGAAAUUGAUACCGCUUUCUGAAAAAAGGUAUCAAAAACGGCAAACUUCGCAGGGCUAUAUUAUCCGCAUUUUAUAACAUUUCGCAACAAAACGUCGGAAUAUUACUAAUUCUGUGAUGCUCUUUCAAGCUGUGAUGAAAUCUUUGUCUGGACUUGUCUCGAUCAAAAUUUUGUUUAUUAGGGAAUAGGUCCAUUCAAAGUGAACGAGAGUGCAUGAGAGUCGAUGAGACACAAAUGACUCCUUGGUUGAAAGAGAAAAAAAGAACAAGCUAUAUAUAUUAAGGCUAAAGGCUUUCAGUGCCGUUUUAAAGAAUUUUCUCGGGGGAGGGGGCAAAGGCAAAAAAAUAUUUCCACAAAGGAAAAAUGUGGGCUGCCAAGGCUUGCCCAAAGGCGGGAGAUAUACUGUAUGGAAGUAAGAGUGAAUUUAUAACUUUAACUAAUUUCUUAACUUUAACUAUGACUUUAAAUCUCAAUCUCAGAAGAUCAGAUUGAUUUUCUGCAUGUGCGUUUAUGUUUUGGUUGGAUAGUAAAAUUUUUGAAAAUUUGUGGUCACAGCAACGCCACUUUCCGCACUUUGCGCGUUGAGACCAAUGGUUGAGGCUAUUUUUCCAGGGGCAGAAUUAGUGUGACUGGAGGGGCGAUUAUUGAUUAGACACUCAGAAAGCCCCGCGGGAAUGCAACUAAAAUUGGCAUUCUUAGCUUGCUUUCCCUUUAACUCCCACGCGUGCCUGUUAUAAUUUACCUGAAAAUCAGAAAAAAUCACCUAGACGUUUUCCUGAAAUUGCUCAUGAACAAAAAUUGGCACACCUUCCCGCCCUCUCCCAAUCCCCGCUGUCGGUGCGUCCCUGACUUUCACUUAUUUUUACACAAAUGUAGAGUCGUGAAAUUGAUUUGAAAGCAGAAAAGGGAAAUCGUUUACCUGGAUCAAAGGUUGCUGUUCAACAUCAAGCGUUGGGCAAAAUUUUGCUUUGUGCUCCCUCUAAUGCCGCUGUCUAUGUUCUGCUUCGUCGUAUGAUUGCUGAAAUGAAGUACCAGACAGACAAAAAUGGCGCUGUGAAAAGUAGUAAGUCCUGCUCCUACAACUAAUACAAUUAAUAAUUCAUAGCAAAAAAUUCAAAAGAAUCAAUUGUUUAAUGAUGUGUUGUGUCCAAAUGUGAAAGACUCUCCUGAAAAUGCGCCUUCGGAUCGAGUUUGUAUAUCUGAUAGGAUACACCAUGGCCGCUCAUUUUAUAUAUACUCAUUGUGUGUAUUUUUGUGCUGAUCAAUUUCAAAACCAUGUUCCUACGGGCAUUUUCCAUUGCGGUCGUCAUGCCCGUGCGGGUGGAGCGACCAAUUUUAGUCACGUGAAAAAUCAGUCGCGCGGGCACGCCAAGAAAGUCGAAUGUAUAAUAGUUUUGUUUGUGGAAACACCACGUAAAUUUAUUACUGCAAUACUGCAAUUGGUUACUGCAAUUGCAGUAAUAAAUUUACAUGGUGUUUCCACAAACAAAACUAUUAUAUUUUAUCACAUGCAAACAUACAAAGAACUUAAGUCGAAUGUAGUUCUACUUUCAUGGCCUGUCCGCGAGCAUUCAGGCAGACAAACAAUGCACACGUUAGACAACUCCAAAGAAAGUUGAGUAAUGUUCGCUCCGCCCGCUCGGGCAAAGCGACUGCAAUGGAACAUGGCCUUUAUAUGCAGUUAUACGCCCGCUAGUUGCAUAACUUCACCUUUCCAGAAAAAGGUGUAUGUAGGGGCUAAUCUCAUAGAGAGGAAAGCCGUUGAAAAUCCUGGAUUUUUAAAAUCAUUAAGGUGUACGAUCCGCCCCAGCUCAUAUAUGCUUUAAUAAAUAAUUGCGGCGUGUUCAGAAGACGACCGCGCGCCUUGUCUCUAAUAUGCCGCGUUUUGACCAUAUGUCACUUGUGCUUUACAAGCUACACUGGCUACCAGUACAAUAUAGAAUUCAAUUUAUGAUUCUAUAGUCCUUACAUUUAAGGCUAUAUUAAUGGAUUAGUAUCUGUGUGUAUUAAGGAUUUGAAUGAUUCCUAAUUUAUUCAUGAUAAAUAUAUUUUAAGGUAAAAAUUGUGGAAGCAUUAAUUUGGUUUGUGUUGGUCGUACAUCCAUACUUCACCCUGAAGUUCUCCCCUUUGCUCUUGAUACACUGGCGAAGGUUGAAGUGUCGAAACGCUCCAGGAAUAGACUUGAACAGGAGAAAAUUGCUCAACGGAAAGUGGAAGCUACGAGGGAGAAAAUUGAAGAUUUGGAAAAGAAAGGUUAUCAGCUACGAUUGGCUGGCUUUCAAGAUGAAAGUGAAGAG